AUGGGCUUCAGAAUCUCGUCAUAUACCCUCAUCAAGAGUGUGUCGCUUGCUCACAUAACGGCGGCAUACCUCUUCCUGUACAAGCCGCAUGUGCUUGCUGAGCAGAACAUCGUCGUCAUUCUGGGAGAGUCGAUGCAAGUCCCUGCCACAUCGGCUUUCAGCAAACCUACCGAGAUCACCGCCCUCGCAUCCAUCAUCCUAGCCUUCCUCGGUGUUAGCGACUUGAUCGCAGCCAGCCUUCCCGAACGCUCUUGCCUCGAAUACUGGUCCAAUGUUCUUCCUUUCCGCCUGUUUAUGCUGUUCGCCAGCACCGGAUACAUCUAUCUCACCAGAGGCGACGACACUACCACCUCGACCCUCCGAGCUCUCAAAGGCGACUCCAACCCUCUCGACCUUGUCAAGAACUCAUUUAUCUUCACCUUCUUAUUCAUGGAGACGCUGCACUGGUUCUGGGUCUUUGUUGCCAUGAAGGAGGACAGACGCGAGUGGAUGGUUCGCGAGGCUACCGCACAGCUCCGUGAGGAAGAGGAGAAGAAGUUCAGAAUGUAA